AUGAGCGCGCUCAGAUUUCCCAAGAUCUAUGCCGUCGUCCUCUUGGUCUUUGGCUUGGUCUUUGUCUUCAGCGGACUGGUCAUUAACUUCCUCCAGCUGUGCUCCCUCGCCCUCUGGCCUCUCAACAAGAAUUUGUACCGAAAGGUCAACUGUCUCCUUACCUACUCCUUCUGGAGCCAGUUAAUCGUGCUCCUGGAGUGGUGGUCGGGCUCCGAAUGUAACUUAUUCACCGAUCAGAACUCAGUGGACAAGAUAGGAAAAGAGCAAGCCAUUGUCAUCUUUAAUCACACCUUUGAAAUUGAUGUCUUUUGUGUCUGGACCUUAUGUGAACGCUAUGGGAUACUGGGGAGUUCCAAGGUCCUGGCGAAAAAGGAGCUGUUAUACGUCCCUGUAAUUGGCUGGGUGUGGUACUUUCAGGAAAGCAUAUUCUGCACAAGAAAAUGGGAGGAGGACAAGCAUGGCCUUGUGGAAGACUUGAGCCGUUUGGCUGAUUACCCGGAGCCUUUGGGCUUUCUCCUCUCCUGCGAAGGGACUCGCUUUACCGAGGAAAAGCAUCGCAUCAGUAUGGAGGUGGCUGAAUCCAAAGGACUGCCCAAGCUCAAAUACCACCUGCUGCCGAGAACCAAAGGCUUCACCACUGUUGUCCAGUGUCUCCGGGGGAAAGCCUCUGCUGUUUAUGACGUCACGCUAAAUUUCAGAGGACGCCAGAACCCAUCUUUGCUUGGGCUCGUUCGGAGGGAAAAAUAUAAAGCAGAUAUGUGCUUUAGGAGAAUUCCUUUGGAAGAGAUCCCCCUGGAUGACAAUGAAAUAGCCAAGUGGCUUCACGAGCUUUAUCAGGAGAAGGACGCUUUGCAGGAAUUCUACAAUCAGACAGGGAUAUUUCCAGGGGAGCAGAUUAAACCCAGAAGAAGACCAUGGGCUCUCUUCAAUUUCUUCUUUUGGGCAACUGCCAUACUAUUUUCUUUGUUCAAGUUGACAUUUGUCAUUUUUCUAAGUGGAUCCCCCCUGCUGAUACUAAUAUUCUUUGGAUUUCUGGGGGGAGCCUUGUUUGGAAUUCAGAGACUGGUAGGAGUAACUGAAAUACAAAAAAGUUCUACUUAUGGAAACCAAGAAUUCAAGAAAAGGGGAUAA